AUGUCGAAGCCUAAGACGCCAGCCGAGAUAGUGCGAGCGCUCGCAGAUGGGCUUCAGUCGCUACCUCGAGACGAUAAGAGUGCAGAGGAGGAACUGAAAUCCCUGGUGACAGUGCGAGUGCUGCUCAUAGGCGAUCUGGACGCGCCGCCCAAUAAGGAGGCUGUAGCGGCGGCUGCAGCGGAGUCGGUGAAGUGUGACCUGCUGCCUCUGCUGGUGUCGCGCCUGCCUGUCUUCGAUUGGGAGGCCCGCAAGGAGAUGGUGCUGGUGUGGACGUACCUUCUUGCACAUGGAGGGAAGAGACGGCGACCAAAGGGGGAUGAGGACGAGGAUGAGGAUGAGGAGGAGGGAAGGGAGGGGUUCUAG